AUGAUGGUACUCGGCACUGAAGCCCCUUUUGAGCGGUAUUUCCGCGCCUGGUUCCAGCACUUCAAAGCCGGAAACAAGAAACUCGAAGAUGAGCCUCGCUCUGGUCCACCGAAUGCAAUAUCGUUCGACGAACUGAAGAAUCUGGCGGAGCAGCGUCCAUGUGAAGGUGUGUGGUAUUUUGCUGCCAGUCUUAACUGUUCGCUGUCCACCUUGAGCAAUGGACUGCAAUCUCUCGGAAUGGUGAAAAAGCUCGGUCAGUGGCUCCCACAUGCAUUGAGCGACGGCAACCGUCAAAGACGCCUGGACAUCUGCACUCAGCUGCUCUCCAGAAGCCGCAGAUUCGACUGGCUGGACACCGUCACUCGAGAUGAGAAAUGGGUCCUAUAUGUCAACCACAUCCAGAAACGUGCAUGGUGCACUGACGAUGAAAUGCCGGAUACUUUUGUGAAAGUUACUGCCGAGGUCUACUGCGCUCAACUGCAAAGGCUGGCCGACAAGAUCCGCAAUGAGCACCUGAAGUUCGACAACGUUCGCCUGCUGCACGAUAACGCGCGCCCUCACAUCGCGAAGAAGACUUCUCAGAAAAUUCUGGAGCUCGGAUGGGAAGUUCUACCGCACCCACGGUACAGCCCGGAUCUGGCCCCGAGCGACUACCACCUCUUCCGAUCGCUUCAGCAUCACCUGGAAGAGAGGCGAUACGAUGAUCGUGACCACCUCGAAAAUGAUCUUCGGGCUUUCUUUGCCUCCAAGUCGCCGGAGUUCUACGCCAAAGAAAUCCGUGAUCUUGUGAGACGUUAG